AUGACAUCCGUCAUCAUCUUCGGCCCGACUGGCCAAGUAGGAUCUGCUGCCGCACGAACAGCCGGAGAUCUUGGAGCCAAAGUAUGGCUGGCAAUGCGAGAUACAUCGAAAAGCAUCCCUGGUCUCACCAAAGAGUCCGCUGGUGACUUUCAUCGGAUCCAAGCCGACCUGAACAAACCCCAGACCGUCAGCCAAGCCAUUAGGACCUCUGGAGCCAAACGCGCGUUUAUCUAUUUGAUUCAUCAUGAAUAUGAACACCUCCACGACGCCAUAACUGCAAUGAAAAACGAAGGCGUCGAGUUCAUCGUCUUCUUAAGCAGUUUCACAAUCUAUACCAACCAAGCCCUCCGCGCCAUCUCCCCACACGAUCUCCUCCCUUUCGUCCACGCCCAAGUUGAAGCAAGCCUAGAAGAACUCUUUGGUCCAGAUAAAUACGUCGCUGUGCGCCCCGGAUGUUUCGCCACGAACCUACUAUCAACCAGAGACGGCAUCCUCGCAAACGACGUCAGAUUGUAUGGCGCCGAGUUCGAGCAAGACAAUAUAGUACCGAGUGACAUUGGCAGCGUCAUAGGCAACAUCAUCGUUUCUGGUUCCAAAGGUCAGAAAAUCGUGUAUCUUUAUGGGCCCGAGGUACUCUCGAUACGAGACAGCGUCGCAAGAAUCGGCAGUGUUCUCCAGAAAGAUUUAAAAAUAGCGACUCUGUGUCCUGAGGAAGCAUAUCAGAAGUACAUUAAGCGCGGCAUGCCUCCGUCUUUUGCAGAGUACAUGGUUAAGACGCUGGGUACCAAAGGUCCGGAUAAGGGCGAUGGUAAGCGGUUCCCUCACUACGAGGAAGGAGUAAGGAAUAUGGCACUUUAUACGGGCCGGCCGCCGAUGAGUCUUGAGGAGUGGGUGAGGCAGAACAAGACGAUAUUUGGGGCGUGA